AUGGAGAGAUCGGUGAAGAAACUUAAGCUUAUAACAUCUGUUGAGACCUUGAAGCAGGCUAUAGUUCUCCACAAAAGCAAUCUUGAUCGCACAAUCAUCCAUCAAAGAGAUGAAAGAUUAGCAGAAACGAGUGAUAACGAAGAGUUUCGCACGCGAACAACACUUGAGGAUUCUGAUGACCAAGAACUUCAUCUUGAAGAGCUUUUGUCGGAAUUUGAAGAGAACUGUGCAGCUAGAGGGGGAGAUUCUAUUGUUUUUUACACGACAAGUAUCGGAGGAGUAAGAAAGACAUUCGAAGAUUGUAGAAAAGUAAGAUUCUUGUUAGAGAAUCAUAAGGUUUCUUUCCGAGAAAGAGAUAUUUCGAUGAAUUGCGAGUUUAAAGAAGAGUUAUGGAAGUUGCUUGGUAAGAAAGUUACACCUCCUAGGCUCUUUAUAAAGUGUAGGUACAUUGGUGGAGCAGAAGAAGUGGUGGCUUUGAACGAGAACGGGAAGCUCAAGAAGCUCCUAGAAGGGAUUUCAUCGGCGGUUAGGUCACGGCGGUGUGAUCGUUGUGAGAACGAACGGUUUUUGAUGUGUUGGAAUUGUAAUGGGAGGUCUAGAGUGGUUGCGGAAGAUGGAAUGUGGAAGAGAUGCAAAGAGUGUAAUGAGAAUGGUCUUGUGAAAUGUGCUCUUUGUACUUAA